UUUGGGGGGGGGGGGGGGGAGGGAUAAUAAAUCCCAUGAUUUUGUUUUUCUUGUUGAAAUCCUUUUCCACCUCAAUUCUUGGGCAGACACAGAUUGUUCCUCAUCUGGGUUUCUUGAUUUGAUUUGAUCAAGGUUUGGUUGUCAACAGGGUGAAGCUCUGAUCGAUAUCCGACAGAAGCAGUAACUGAUGCAGGAUGCAUCCCAGAAGACGAGGAUCGCCGGACUCUGUUCGAGCAGGUUCUAUGAUGAGUUAGACCAUGAGGUAGACUUCUCUCAUUCCCCGAAAUGCUCCAAUGAAAGCAGCAGCCGAGGAACAACCUUCUCGAGUCGGGCUGUUGAUCGGGUUAGCAAGUUCGAGUCGUCCUCGACUAGCGGGAGUUGUGGCCAGCUUGUUCACAACUAUUCAUCCACGCUCACCUUUUCGCCCGAGGGAAGCCCGACUUCCCAGCUAGAUUCGCGGUCGCAUCGAGGCUUGCAGAAAGAUUCUCAUUCUGUUGAUGAUUUGAGCCUCAAGCUAAGAGAACUGGAAAAAGUCAUGCUCGGGUCGAACCCCGAGAUUCUCGACCUGUACGAUGUGAAUGUCUCAGUCGAGGCUGAGAAAUGGAAGGACUUGAUAGAGAUGAUCUCGAUAGGAGAAGGAGGCCUGAAGGAGGUCCUCUUUGCUUGCGCAAAGGCGGUGGGGGAAAAUGAUUCGAUCAGAAUUGAAUGUUUGGUGUCGGAACUUAGGACAAUGGUAUCGGUGUCAGGCGAGCCGAUACAACGUCUGGGAGCGUACAUGCUUGAAGGGCUUGUCGCGAGGUUGGCUUCCUCGGGUAGCUCGAUCUGCAGGGCCCUGAAGUGCAGGGAACCAGUGGCAGGCCCCAAUCUUCUAUCUUACAUGCACGAGCUUUACGAGAUGUGCCCAUACUUCAAGUUCGGGUACCUGUCUGCGAACGGGGCAAUUGCCGACGCAAUGAAGGACGAGGACCGGGUGCACAUAAUCGAUUUCCAAAUUGCACAGGGAAGCCAGUGGAUUAGCCUCAUUCAGGCACUAGCAACUCGGCCUGGUGGGGCCCCAAAAAUCCGAAUCACAGGCAUCGAUGAUUCGUUCUCAGCUUACGCCCGUGGAGGACGCCUGGAGAUCGUUGGGCGGAGGUUAGCUCAGCUGGCAGAGUCAUGCAAUGUCCCAUUCGAGUUCCACAGUGUUACAGUCCCUGCCUUCGAGGUCAAGUUCGAGCACCUCGGGAUCCGGCCUGGGGAAACCAUCGCCGUGAACUUCCCCUUGAUGCUCCACCACGUGCCUGAUGAGAGCGUUUGCACCGAAAACCACCGGGACAGGCUCAUAAGGCUGUCCAAGAGCCUAUCCCCGAGGGUGGUCACACUCGUCGAGGUCGAGUCCAAUACCAACACCGCCCCAUUUUAUCCCCGGUUCCUUGAGACGUUUGACUACUACUCAGCAGUCUUCCAUUCAAUCGAUGUUGCACUUCCUCGGGACAACAGGAAACGUAUCAGCGUCGAGCAGCACUGCCUAGCCCGGGACAUCGUGAACCUCAUAGCCUGCGAGGGGAUGGAAAGAUUUGAGAGGCACGAGCCGCUCGGGAAGUGGAGAUCGAGGUUUGCAAUGGCAGGGUUCCGUCCUCACCCACUGAGCUCAUUCGUGAAUGCUACCAUAAGAGGUCUACUGAAAGGAUACUGUGAGAAUUACACACUUGAGGAGCAGGACGGGGCUCUACUUCUUGGGUGGAUGAACCGGCCACUGGUUUCUUCUUGCGCAUGGACAUGAGAUGAGAUCCGACUAAUUGCACGUUGGUGUGGGAAUUCAGUCGCUUCGGUUUUUUCGUUACCGAUCUUGAUUUUACUUUGACAAUGCAAGCCAAAAGUUUGUUACGUUAUGAUGCAUUCAGCAAUAAGAAGGGAAUUCCUACUCUAAUUUACGGAUACGUUCUUUCUGUUC